AUGGCUUCCGCAAAGGCUCCCUUCCCCAUCCGGCGCCGGCGCUGCCUUUGCGGUCGGAUACACCAUGAUGUCGGUCCCGCUCUCCGCCUUCGGCGUCGCCCUCAUCGUCUUCUACCUCACCGGCUCGCGCGCGACCAAGUCGGCAAGGCGCUCAAGCACAAGCUCGAGGAGGGCCACCAGGACGCGGGCUACCGCUCCGCGGCGCAGGUGCUCUGCAACUCCGCGAGCGCCGCCGCCGCCGCGCUGCUAUGGAGCGCGCUGUACGCCCCGGGCUCGUGGGUGGCGGCGGUGGCGGACGCGGCGGGCGUGCGCGUCCCGGGCGAGCUGCGGGUGCCGCAUGACUUCGACGCGUGGUGCCCGCUCACGCCCCCGCCGCAGGCGGCGUGGAGCCGCACCUUGCUGUUCGCGACGCUCGGGCACUUUGCGUGCUGCCUCGGGGACACGCUCGCGUCCGAGCUCGGCAUCCUCUCCAAGACUCCCCCCAUCCUCGUCACGACGCUCAAGCCUGUGCCGCCGGGGACGAACGGCGGGAUGUCGACCGUGGGCACCCUCUCGUCGCUCGCGGGGGGGACCCUCAUGGGCCUCACCGUCGCGGGGAUGUUGCUCUGGCAGAGCCCGGCGUGCCAGUCGCAGUGGACGGACGUUGUGGCUUCCCUUCUCCUGUGGGGAACGUUUGCCGGCGGAUUCGGCUCUCUGCUCGACUCUCUGCUCGGCGCAACUGUACAAUGCACACGCUUCCUGAACACCACCAACCGCAUUGUCACUGACGAGUCCGGCGCUCCUGCUCCCGGAUCGGACGUCAAGAUCAUCAGUGGUUAUGACCUCUUGACGAACAACCAGGUCAACUUGCUUUCGUCUAUCGUGACUGCGGCGCUGCUCGGAGCCUUCGCGUAG